CCAAUGGAUUCGCCUACGAGCCAUAACAGUGCAUUGCAAAUUCCGCCAAGGCUACGCUCAUUCAAGCGAGAAACGUCGCGAAUUUAGCUUUCAUGGCCAUGAACUGCAAUCAAUUUAUUUUGUUCUUGUUGUGCGUGUCUAGCUGUAUUUCUCACUCCGGACUCGGUCACUGUCAACCAUCCAGCCAGUCAAGUCGAGCUGCACAGCCAACCAUCUCAACCCAGACGUCCCAUCCGAAACACACCGACAUGGCGACCAACGAAGCUUUCUUCGACCAGGCUGAUGCUGACAAGAGCAAAUCUCUUACCAUCCAGGAGUUAAAGAAACGUCUCCCAAAUUCCGGAAUUGACGAUGCAACCAUUGUGAAUAUUUUCAUGGACAUUGAUAAAGACAGCGACCGUAGAGUGACCAAGGCUGAAUUUUUGACUGCGUCGAGCAGACUGUUGCAGUUACGAUUCUAUGUUUCCAGUGAAGCCAAACAACAGAACGCGUUCAAGGAUAAUGACAGAGACGACAGUGGGACCCUUGAUGCCAGCGAAUUAAAGAGAGCUUUGAGUUCAAGCGGCACAAAAAUAACUGAUUUCACUGCAGAGCGUAUUAUCAGAAAGGCUGACCGCGACGGCGAUGACAAAGUUUUCCGGCCGUUUUCUCUAUAGGCAGUCUUAGCUAAACAUGUGCCCUCGCUCAAUGCCAGACUGUCCUUCAGUAGGUUUUCAAAGUACAAUCCAGUCAGUUUCAUAAUCGUUUUAAUGGUGGUUUUGCUUGUCAAUCUCGACAGUUUACGUUUUAUGUCCAUGUUUUGCGGUCAGGGUGAUGAUGUAACGCAGGGCAGCGGUUUACCCCUUAGCUUGAAGUGUUUGCCUGUCACGCAAAACUCGAGUUCGAUUCUCCAUGUGGGUGCAACGUGUGAAGCUCAAUUUAGGUAUCGAACUGACUAUCAUUACACAGUAUUUAAUGCUAAAACCGGCGUAAGAUUUCCUCCCUAAUGUGAAAUAUUGUAUUCACCUAUUUGGCCUGUGCUUGUACAGUGGUUAUGUCGCGCAUGUAUUUUGAGUUAGUAAAUAUACUAUAUUAUGAACAAUCAAAAAGUGUACUUAAAAAAUGGCAUUUGUUUCCCGGAACGGGAGCUUCAAUAUAUUACAUCACAAAACGGCCGGACAGCAGGCAGGAUAGUUCCACCUUAAAGUUGUUUUAAACACCGAUAAUCCAUUAUUGUUAUGAUUACUAAUGGUAAUAAUAUGAAUCAUGAAAACUUAUGAAAAUAGCGUGUUCAGUGACAGCAUGAAUUAUCUAGCCUAGUGGUUAAAGCGUUCGCUCGUCACGCCGAAGAUAUUUAACUGUUUUCCACGUGGGUACAAUAUGUGAAACUCAUUUCUGGUGUCCUCCGCCAUGCUAUUGUUGCUGGAAUAUUGCUAAAAGCAUACUCACUCACUCAUACAGAACGUACAUGGCAUACCAGCUCUGAUUACACUGCCAAGAUAUUUGAAGAAAGCCGUGCAGACGACUGUUAAAAUUCGCAUUUUUCAGCAAUUGUUUAUUGUCUGUGUAAGUCUGUUUGUGUAAUAUUUUGACAAGUUAAGAAACUGUUUGUGCUUCAUCUUCACUUUGUAUUACAGAAAUGAACAAAAAAUAAACAGCAUUAAGUUGUU